UCCGUCAGCCUUCGUCUCGCUGGUGCAGGUGCUCCGUCUCAACGAGAGGAUGCGAACGGAGAGAAGGGGAGGGAAAGAAUGAAGGAAAGAGCCGAGGAAAAAGUGUACAGGGCAUGAAUAUAAGGGUAUCAACAGCAGAUCGCGCGUUCACCGUUCAGGGGGCUCGGCUAUGAAAGAUUUAUUGAAAGGGGCACUUUGAGAUAUGAUGAGGUUUCUUUCUGGUUGGCAAUAGUACUAUGAUUUGGUAUGUGGCCACUUUGAUAGCAAGUGUAUUCAGCACCCGCGGAACGGCAGCUCAAGGUGCCCACGGAGUCAGAGAGGAGCCCCAGUUUGUGACGGCACGCGCUGGAGAGAGCGUCAUCCUGGGAUGUGACGUGGCCCACCCCCUGAACGGCCAGCCCUAUGUGGUGGAGUGGUUCAAGUUUGGAGUGCCCAUCCCCUUCUUCAUCAAUUUCCGCUUCUACCCUCCUCAUGUCGAUCCGGAGUACGCUGGUAGAGCCAGCCUGCAUGGCAAGUCCUCGCUGCGGAUCGAUCAGGUGCGCUCCGACGACCAGGGCUGGUACGAGUGCAAGGUCCUGAUGCUGGAGCAGCAGUAUGACACCUUCCACAACGGCAGCUGGGUGCACCUCACGGUGAACGCCCCUCCCACCUUCACGGACACGCCCCCGCAGUACGUGGAGGCCAAGGAAGGGGGCAGCAUCACCUUGAGCUGUACUGCCUUUGGGAACCCCAAGCCUGUGGUCAGCUGGCUGAGAGAAGGGGAGCUCCUGGGGAACAGUGGAAAAUACAAGGUAAGCGAUGGAAGCCUGACGGUCCUGUCAAUCAGCCGGGAGGACAGAGGGGCCUACACGUGCCGGGCUUACAGCGUCCAGGGAGAGGCCAUCCACACCACACGCCUGCUUGUCCAAGGACCACCAUUUAUUGUGUCACCACCAGAGAACAUAACAGUAAACAUAUCCCAGGAUGCAUUCUUCACCUGUCAAGCUGAGGCGUACCCUGGAAACCUGACGUACACCUGGUUCUGGGAGGAAGAUAACGUCUUCUUCAAGAAUGAUCUGAAGCGCAGAGUGAGAAUUUUGAUUGACGGGUCACUCAUCAUCUCCCAAGUCAAACCAGAGGAUGCUGGGAGAUACACCUGCAGUCCCAGCAACAGCCUCGGCCGCCCGCCAUCUGCAUCGGCAUACCUGACAGUACAGUACCCUGCGAGAGUGGUGAACAUGCCACCGGUCAUCUACGUGGCCAUCGGCCUGCCAGGGUUCAUCCGCUGCCCCGUGGACGCCAACCCACCCGUGACCUCAGUCAGGUGGAAGAAGGAUGGCCUCCCUCUGAGAGUGGAGAAGUACCCCGGCUGGAGCCAAAUGGACGAUGGGAGCAUUCGAGUGGAAGAGGUGACAGAGGAUUCUCUUGGCACCUACACCUGUGUGCCUUACAACGUCCUGGGUACCAUGGGACAAUCCCCCCCGGCCCCCCUGGUGCUAAAGGAUCCCCCCAAAUUCUCUGUGGUACCGGGAGGGGAGUACCGGCAGGAGGCUGGGAGAGAGUUGGUCAUCCCUUGUGAGGCCGAGGGAGACCCGUUUCCAAACAUCACAUGGAGAAAGGUAGGGAAGCCCAGCAGAAGCAAGCACAACGUCCUACCGAGAGGCAGCUUACAGUUCAAAUCCCUCAGCAAGGAGGACCACGGGGAGUGGGAGUGUGUCGCUACCAACGUGGCCACGAGCAUCACUGCCAGCACGCAUCUCCUCGUGAUCGGCACAAGCCCACAUGCCCCGACCAACGUCCAUGUUUCGGCCUCGACGACCUCGGCAAACGUCUCUUGGGAGCCUGGAUACGAUGGCGGAUAUGAACAGACAUUCUCAGUCUGGUACGGCCAUGUGGUUAAGAGGGCGCAGCUCGGGCCCCACGACUGGCUGUCCAUGCCCGUGCCCAGCUCUCAGAACUGGAUGCUGGUGCAGGGCCUGGAGCCGGAGACUGCGUACCAGUUCAGUGUCCUGGCUCAGAACAAGCUGGGGACAGGCCCCUUCAGCGAGGUCGUCACUGUGAACACACUAGUAUUUCCUAUAAGUACCCCUGAACCAUUGGUGCUGCUUACCCCACCGAGGUGCCUCACAGCCAAUCGGACACAGCAGGGAGUCCUAUUGACAUGGAUCCCUCCAGCCAAUCACACGUCACCACUCGAUCGUUACAUCAUGGAGUUUCGCCUUGGAGAGAGGUGGGAGGUCCUGGACGAUGCCAUCCCCGCUGGAGAGACAGAGCUGCUAGCAAGAGAUCUUGUCCAGGACUCGUGGUACGAGUUCCGUGUGAUGGCCGUCAUGGAGGACCUGACCAGUGAGCCCAGCAACGUAGUGGGAGUUUCGAGUACGGAUUUCUUCCCUCCAGAGAUGGCUGAUGAUGGGCUGGCGCGGCCUGUGGUGGCCGGCAUCGUGGCCACCAUCUGUUUCCUGGCAGCCGCCAUUCUGUUCAGCACACUGGCGGCCUGCUUCGUCAACAAGCAACGUCGGCGCAAGCUCAAGAGAAGGCGAGAUCCCCCUCUUUCGAUAACACACUGCAGAAAGAGCGUUGAAACUCCGUCCUCUGGGAAGGUGAGUCCAGAAAGUGUCCGCUCCCUCCCGCCAUCUGAGUCCUCAGAGGAUGGCCGUGGAAGGAAGCCUCCCCCGAGCCCUGGCAAAGAGAAGGAGCUGUCCCUCUACAAGAAGACCAAGAGGGCCAUUACCAGCAAGAAGUACCCCGUCGCUAAGCACGAGGCCGAAGCCACCACACCCAUUGAGCUGAUCAGCCGCGGCCCUGAUGGCCGCUUCGUCAUGGACCCCACUGACAUGGAAACCUCCAUCAAGCCCAGACGCAUCGAGGGCUUCCCCUUUGUGGAAGAGUCUGAUUUGUACCCUGAGUUCCGCCAGUCGGAUGAGGAAAAUGAUGAUCCCGGGCCCAUGCCCCCAGUUAUGGCCACGCUCAGACCCCACCAGAUCUCCCCAAUAUCCUCCAGCCAGGAGUCCUACAUGCAGCCCCCAGCCUACAGCCCCCGGUUCCAGAGACCCAUGGAAGGUAUGACCAUCAUGGAGAGCAGCCGGCUUCAGGCCAUGGGGCAGAUCAGAGCCUCCCAGCACCACAGGGUCUAUACCCAUGGCCAGUUCUACGGCUACCUAGGCAGCCCAGGGGAACCUGAGCCUCCACCUCCCUUCUACAUGCCUGAAACCAGCCCGCUUAGUUCUGUCAUGUCUUCACCUCCUUACCUGCCCGAGGGGCCCUUUGGUCAUCCCACUAUUCCAGAAGAGAUUGGUGAAGGGGAGAUCCAACACUAUGCCUCUUCUGGCAGCACCCUUCCACUGACACACGUCCCUUCCUCUCGUUCCCCAGAGAUCUGGCAGCACCCUGAUUUCCCUUUCACCGGUCUAGAGGGACCCCACUUUAUUUUUCCACCACACCACCCUUUGCAUCUUCACCGGGACCCUCUCCUGCCUCCUCCUCAUUUCCUCCCUCCCAGUAGCUUCCAGCCCUCCUCUCUCCAGGCUCCCUCUUACCCUGGUGUCCUGCAGCUGGAGGCCCCAAAGAGCCGCCCAGGCAAGUCUCCCAGCAAGGUCAAGCCUCAGGGCCUUCCAGCCAAGCAUUUACCUAUGCAAGGGGCACAGAGUUUAGGGCAGCUAAGACACACGAGCCACGGUAUGGGUGUACCGGUAUUGCCUUACCCUGACCCGGCACCCUACAUGGGCGGCCCAAGCACACUCGGUAGCCUGGACACCCGGUGGUACGAGCCCGGGCCUCGGCUCAGCCCCAGGGCAGCCCGCAGGAUGGAACCCAUUGCGCAUCAGGUGGUCCUCCAGCCGUCGCGACUCUCCCCACUGACCCAGAGCCCCCUGAGCUCGCAUGAGGGCUCCCCGGAGAUUGUAGUCCGUCCCCGGCCUCGCCCGGGCAUCAUCCAGCCCUCCAUACCUCCAGAGAUGUCUGAGAUCACCCUGCAGCCUCCUGCUGCGGCCAGCUUCUCCAGGAGGUCGUCUCCCUCCUCCUCACCUGCCCAAGGCCAGGGUAGCAGGCGGGCAAGCCCCAGCUACCGCUCCCACAUGGCUUUUGCCACUACUGCGACAAGCUAUCCGUCCCAGUCCCCGUCACCCCCCAUGGAAAGCAGCAACGUUUUUGGGCAGAUGCCAUCCCAGAGGAGGACAGACGAGGAGAUGCUUCCAUCAGAGCCCUCUCCACCUCAGUUGUCAGCUUCUGGAAAACGUCUAGGUGCAUCGAGUGCCCCUGCAGGGUCUGAGAGGAUUGAAGCACUGAGAUACCAACGUGUAAAAAAAGCCAAGAAGGUGGCCAUCAACAACAACAACUCUAAAUCGAGAAGAAAAACAGGUAUGGCCACCUCUCAGACCCAGCAGCUCCACGCCUCUCAGGUACUCCAGCCCGAAGAAGCUCUCUACCUCCGCAAGAAGAAGAAAAGGCCGGCCAGACAGGACCCAUAUGCCCGCUUCUCUGCCCUGCUGUACCGUCGCCCACCCCGGGAAGACCAGAAAGCUAUUCUGGCCAGCAUGGAUACAGGGGACCCAGACCAUGCCACUCUCCUCUGAGACCGCCCAGCCAAAACACCUAACCCCCCCCCACCUCUCCGAGAGCCGCCGGUCCUGCCAUGUGACCCUCCAACAAAUACCACCAAACUUGGCCCAGCGACUCACAGGUUGUUGUCAACAUGCAGAACCAAUGGUUUCACCUUUGUGGUUGUUGUUUUUUUUGUUUCAGUGAUCAAAUGAAGAGUGCUUUUUCCUCGGUUUCCAAAGUUUUACUCCAGUGCAAAACACACUACCAACACAAAAUUAGAGGAAAAGAAAUUAACUGAGACAUACUUUUUAAAAGGCUACCUUUAUUUCCAGGGGAGCAGAUUGGAGGUAAAGUGUGAAAAUUGAGACGGUAGAAUGUAUUUAAAUUUUUAGUCAGUUGAAAUUGUACGUUUGACCUGUUUUGCUUCCAGAAAAAAUAAUAUCACAGUAUUACUACCAUAUUUUGACAAGAAGCUUAGCUUGGUGCUGCUGUAAUGUAACCAACCAUCACAGGACUUAUUAACCUAAAUUUUAGUGGGUCACCGUUUACAGCCAUAUUUCACACUGCUCACAUUCCGUCACAUGCUUCAGUCUGCCAGCAGUCCCCUCCUUUGGGGACGGUCACGUCAUUAGUAGAACACAGGGUUUUUGCUUCUACACUAUAUACCUCAGAGUAGCGAACAGUUUACCACAGACUAGGUUUUUGUAACGGACUGACACACACUAUCCCAUAGACACAUUUUAUUUGUAUAUUUGAUCUAUAUUCCUUUUUAACUGAAUUUAAAACCUAUAAAUACGUAAAAUAACUCACAUUGUUGGUUAAUUUGAUGUUACGUAUCUGCUAUAAGACACACUAAUGUUUCUGUAAAAUAAUAAGAGCAUGUUAAUGUGAAAUGUGAAUGUGAAGCAUGUUAAUUCAGAAAGCAGACAGACCUUUCUGAAAUACAGAGAUUGUCUUUGAAUGGUCAGUCAAUACACCAGAACCAGCCCUUGAUUGCUAACUUGCACCGCAGUAGAGUGCUUUGUGUUUUCAAGAAGCAGGAAAGGCUUUGUAAAAGACAGCACAUACCUACGUUUUAACAAAAAUUAAGAGUCAUUCCCUUUGCUGUAGCCAAAACCCUGGCUAAUUCAACCAUUGACACCAUAACCAUGAGAGAAAUGUAGUCAAUGCAGUACAAAUAAAAACAUUUCAAGCAGUUUAUCAUGAUAAUUACUGUUGAAGCCUUCACUUUCCCACAUUUGUUUUAACUGUUGGUCUGGCUUGUUUGCUUCUUGAAAGUUUCUGUUUCUUAAAAAAAGCCAAUUGCACUGGAGCAAAAUCUUGGUUAUGGUGCUCUGCAGAUAUAUAUCUUUGUUGUCACAUGUUGUGUGUUUCCUUGUACUGUUAAACAGUAAGUUUAGCUGAGAGGGCUACUAUCCCUAAACACAAAAAGUACUAUAGUAAUGCCAAAAAUACUACCACUUCCUUAAUCAAUAAAAACAACAAAUGUACUGUACUGUGAGGAGGAUAGGAUUUUGUGCCAUAAUAUACUAUAGUAUUUUUUCAUUUAUACAAGGGGGCCCUACUUUAAUUCAUAGAAGGCUUCUUUGGGCCUCACUAGGGCUCAAUUGUAUCUGGUUGCCUGUUUCACAUUUGUCUUCUGCGCUGUCUGUUUUAUUUGGAACCCUAAAAGAACUGCCUUCACUGGCCAUUUUUGUAGCCUUGAAAUUCAUUGGGUUAAUUUGGUUGUUGUUUUGUCAUUACAUUGUGGAGCUGCCUUCUGCAGGCAUUUCCAAAGCUCUCCUGCCUACGGUCCGUGAAGAUGCCGCAAACCUGUCAAGAGGUGCAACAAUUCUGUGGGAUAGCAGGGCUACAAAAGACCGCCUGCAGCAGCUGAAGUGUUCUCAUUUACUUCUCGACAUCAGAGGGUGCUUAAUCUGUGUAGAUUUGUGUGUAUCCUCCAGUAGGAGUGGAUAUAUGUUGUGACUGGUCUACACUUUGCCGUUGUGUAUUGGCUGUAUUGGGAUUAUGGUUCCACUGAGUGCUCUGCUGUCACCUCCUGUGCAGCUGUGCUGCAGAUGCCGCAUGCUGGUUUGGGCUGUGUGUUGUCAAGAGAGGUCAGCGUGACCAGAGGUGUGUUUUACAGAUUGUGUCAUGUUUUAUUGCUCAUGAUCUGGUGUCAGCUAGUUGAUCCUGCUGACCCCCUUCUGCGGUCACACCACAAAAAACACAGCCUGCCCUCUUGACGGGGUCGGAUUUGAAAGUAAGUUAUAUGCUCAAAGUCGUCAGUCAGAUGACAGUCGGACAGUAUGUUCAAAGUCAGAUGACGGUUAUCGAGUCGGGCAGAUACAUACUUGACACUGUGGGCAGAGACAUCACACCCCCCUCUCAGCUGAGCUCUCCAUGAGGGAAACCAAAGGGAACCAGGGCUGCGACCAGCCUGAGUGAGGGCUAA